UUUUAAAUAAUUGUUUAAAUAAUUAAAAAAAAAAAAUAUUUAAAAAAAUGGAGGAUUAUACGAUAGCUGAUUGGCAAAAAAUUCAAACGGAUGAAACAAUUGGAUUAAAACAUUUACUUAAUUUACAACAAAAUUUAUCAUCGAAAAAUAUUGUGAAAUUUAAUUCAGUGGAAAAAAUUUCUAAACAGUGGACACAAAUUAAACAUGAAAAUGCACAGGCAUUACCAUUAUACGGCGUACCAUACUGCAUAGGCGGAAAAACCGAUAACGAUCUAUACGACAUGAAUGAAAUUGAAAAACUUCUACAAGAUUAUGGCGCAAUCACCGUGCAAAAAACAAUUGGAAAUUCUACAACAUUACCAAUUGAGAAAUUAAUACCAUUUACAAUUGAAAUAAAUGCUGAACAAAUAUCAGAAAAAAAUCGAUAUUUCUGUUUAAAAUUAACGCGAGGUAUUCAAUUGAAAUGUGAGAAUAUUUCAAAUGUAAAAAAUAUCUUUUUGUACACAACAACCAUCGAAGAUUUAGAAUUAAUUUAUACAAUUUUGGAAAAUAAUCCACAUAAUCGUUAUUUUGAUUUAAAUCCAAAAUUUGCUAUACCAGAAAAUUCGAAUAUAUUGGGUGUGGAAAUCGAUCCAUUUAUUCAAGUUUUAAAUCAACUUAAAGAAUUGGGUGUUAUGAUUUUACAUCGAAAUUUUAACGAUUUUUAUCACUUAGUUCAAUGUUUAUAUCAAACCCCGUUAUUACCCGAACGAUAUACCGAAUUAAAGAAAUUAAUACGAAAACGUUCGGAAUUCUUGGAACCAACCGUACUUGAAAUUCUGGCACGAUCUGAGAAUACAAUGAAUUCAAGUGAAUUUAUCGAUUAUUUACGAAAGGACGUUAUACAAUCAUUCGAUAACAGUUUAAAUGGUUUUAUUUUACCGAUUUCGAAUGAAUUUAAUGUCUUUUAUAAUGAAUUACCCGCAAUUGCUUUUCCUACAAAAUUAUCACCGAAUUUGGAAUAUUCAGCAUCGAUAAUUGCAUCGAAAUAUUUCGAGCGUGGAUUAUUGGAUUUAAUGAAACGGUAUAUAUCGAUUCAAGGAACACAAAAAUUAAAUGGAAUCAAAAUAGCACCGAUUUCAAAAGAACCCAAGAAACCUUUUGAACGUGUUUUAAUUGCAAAUCGUGGUGAAAUCGCUGUACGAAUCAUCCGUACACUAAAACGUAUGGGUAUUAAAUCGGUUUCAAUCUAUUCAAAGCCCGAUGAAUUUGCUCCACAUGUUCAAUUGGCUGAUGAGGCAGUAUGUUUAACUGGAAAUACUCUAGCGGAAACGUAUUUAAAUAUUGAACAAAUCAUUGAAAUUGCAAAACGUACAAAGAGUGAGGCAAUUAUUCCAGGUUAUGGAUUUUUAUCAGAGAAUGCAGUUUUUGCUAAAGCUUGCGAAGAUGCGAAUAUAAUUUUUGUUGGGCCUUCAGCUGAAUCAAUUAAUUCAUUAGGAUUAAAACAUUCUGCAAGGGAAAUUGCAAAAAGAGCAAAUGUUCCUCUGGUUCCAGGUUCGGAUUUAUUGGAAACUUUAGAUCAAGCCCUUGAAGCAGCAGAUCAAAUUCCAUUUCCGAUUAUGAUUAAAAGUACUGCUGGCGGAGGUGGGAUUGGGUUACAAAGGUGCGACAACCGUAUGGAAUUAAUACGAGCCUAUGAAACUGUUAGACAAAUGGGACAAUCGUACUUUAAAAAUAGUGGAGUAUUUAUUGAACGAUUUGUGGAUAAUGCUCGGCAUGUGGAAGUACAAAUUUUUGGUGAUGGUAAAGGAAAUGCAAUCCAUUUAGGCGAACGAGAUUGUUCGCUGCAACGACGUAAUCAAAAGGUAGUUGAAGAAACUCCAGCUCCUAACGUUCCAGAAGCAACACGAAGAAAGAUCUGCGAUAGUGCUGUAAAUUUAGCUAAAGUUAUGAAAUAUAAAUGCGCUGGAACUGUUGAAUUUAUGUACGAUCCAAAAUAUGAUGAAUUCUAUUUCUUAGAAGUGAAUACACGCUUACAAGUGGAACAUCCAAUUACGGAAGAAGUAACCGGUCUGGAUUUAGUAGAAUGGAUGUUACUUAUUGCGGCGGAUAUGCCACCGAACUUUUUCCAACCUAUAACCUGUAAGGGGGCUUCAAUGGAGGUGCGAUUAUAUGCUGAAAAUCCAGUUAAAGGUUUUAAACCAUCCCCAGGUCAAUUGAUAGAUGUGCAUUUCCCAGAAAACAUUCGUGUCGACACAUGGAUUUCAAAAGGUACAAUUGUCUCCGCUGAUUUCGAUCCGUUGUUAGCAAAAAUUAUUGUUCAUGGUAAAAAUCGAAAAGAUGCUUUGAGUAAAUUACAAAAAAGUCUCGAUGAAACGAAAAUUUAUGGAAUUGUCUCGAAUAUUGAUUAUUUAAGAUCGAUUGUUAAUUCAGAAAUGUUUGCAACUGCUGAUGUAAAUACUAAGAAAUUGGAUAAAUAUGUGUAUACACCAAAUGCUAUUGAAAUUUUAGCUCCAGGAAGUUACACGUCUGUUCAGGAUUAUCCAGGUCGCAUUAAAUAUUGGCAUAUUGGUGUACCUCCAUCUGGUCCAAUGGAUAAUUAUGCUUUUCAAUUGGCUAAUCGAAUUGUGGGCAAUGCAUCAAAUGCUCCAGCAAUCGAAAUUACUAUAAUUGGACCAACAAUUUUAUUCCAUCAUGACGCCGUAAUUGCUCUGACUGGAGGGUCAUCUAAUGCUACUUUAGAUGAUAAACCGAUUGAAUAUUGGACUCCUAUUUACGUUAAAAGUGGCCAAAAAUUAUGCGUAGGAAAAUUAACGACAGCGUGCAGAAGUUAUCUAGCCAUUCGUGGUGGACUAGAUGUACCAGAAUAUUUAGGAAGUCGUUCAACAUUUGCACUGGGUAACACGGGCGGUUAUAAUGGACGAACAUUAAAAUUCGGUGAUGUAAUCUUUGUUGGUAAAUUUGAAAGUAACGCUAAUCCUUCGACAAUAGAUCGACGUCUUAUUCCAUCUUACACAAAAGAAUGGGAAGUUGGAGUUUUAUAUGGUCCACAUGGAAGUCCUGAUUUCUUCCAAGAAGAUACGAUUCAAACAAUUCUCGAUGCUGAUUGGAAAGUACAUUAUAAUUCAAAUCGAUUUGGUGUUCGAUUAACUGGGCCGAAACCGAAUUGGGCAAGAGAAGAUGGUGGUGAUGCUGGUUUACAUCCUUCCAAUACUCACGAUUAUGUUUAUUCGAUGGGGGCAGUUAAUUUUACUGGUGAUGAACCUGUAAUAUUGACAUGUGAUGGACCUAGUUUGGGUGGAUUUGUGUGUCCGUUUACGGUUGCUGAAGCAGAAAUGUGGAAAAUUGGUCAAGUGAAGCCAGGCGAUACAAUUCGAUUUAAAAUGAUUAAUUAUGAGCGUGCCAUAUUAUUACGGAGACAUCAAGCUAAAAUUAUUGAUACGUUAUCUGGUGAAAUUAUCAAAGCACUUCCAUCAACAGCAGUCAAGACACCGAUUUUACGCACUGUAGCAGAAAGUGAACAAACACCAAAAAUCACUUAUCGUCAAUCUGGCGAUCGAUACAUUUUAAUUGAAUAUGGUGAAAAUAAUUUCGAUAUCCAAUUAACUUAUCGAAUUUACAGACUUUGUGAAUUAAUUAAAAACGAAAAUAGCCCGAAUAUUAUCGAAACUUCACCAGGAGUUCGUUCAGUGUUAAUUGAAUUUAACGGACAAAAUCUACAUCAAACAAAAUUACUUGAAUUAUUAUUGAAUUUCGAAAAUAGAAUUCAAAAUUCAAGGGAUUGGACUGUGCCAUCACGAAUUAUAAACUUACCACUAGCUUUCGAAGAUGAUGAAACGUUAGCUGCUGUACAACGAUAUAGUGAAACAAUUCGAUCUGAAGCACCAUGGUUGCCGAAUAAUGUUGACUUUAUCCAAAAAGUAAAUGGUUUGGAAAGUCGAGACGAUGUUCGAAAGAUUUUAUAUGAUGCGACAUUCCUGGUACUAGGUUUAGGUGAUGUAUUCCUUGGCGCACCUUGCGCAGUUCCUUUAGAUCCUCGACAUCGUUUAUUAGGAACAAAGUAUAAUCCAUCACGAUCCUUUACACCGAAUGGAACAGUUGGUAUAGGUGGGAUGUAUAUGUGUAUUUAUACGAUGGAAAGUCCUGGGGGGUAUCAAUUAGUUGGUCGAACUGUUCCCAUUUGGGACAAACUUAUAUUGUGUCCACAAAAAGAUCAACCAUGGCUUUUGAAUAUAUUCGAUCAAGUACGAUUUUACCCUGUCACACAAGAAAAAUUAGCUGAACUCACGGAACUAGCGACACAUGGUAAAUUCCAUUUCGAAAUCACCGAAACAAUCUUCGAUUGUAAAGCCUACACCGACUGGUUAGAAUUAAACGCAAAAGCAAUUGAUGAACAUAAUGAAAAAUUAAAAAAUGGAAACACACAAAUGGCGGAAUUAAUUAAGGUCGCAAAUACAAUGACAAUCAGUGAAAAUGAAAAAGAUUCAUCGGCGGAUGUUACACAAGAUUAUGGUGAUGAUGUCACGUUAGUUUACUGUGAUUUUGUUGGAAGAUUAUGGAAGAAAAUGGUAAACGAUGGUGAUUAUGUGAAAAAAGAUCAACCAUUAAUUAUUAUUGAAGCUAUGAAAGCGGAAAUGACAGUGACUGCACCAAAAGAUGGUAAAUUAUUGAAAGUGUUUGGUAAUUGUGGUGAUUUUAUUCAAGCAGGGGACACUGUUGCCAUCUUAGAAUAAUAAUUGUAAAUAGAUUGUAAAUGGGUUUUCAUCAUCUAAUUUUAUCCAAAAGUCUGAGUGAAUUUAGGGCGAGUCAAAUCAAAGAAGUGCAAAUAAUGCGUAACACUUACGUCGUAGUCCAGUUAAAGAUGUAACUGACUGAGGAAAUUAAAAUACACUGGUAUUUUUUUGCUAAACCUGGUGAUUUGAGUUUCCUUGUGAAGGUGUUUCCAUGUGUGACUGACAUUACAUUUGACCCA